AUGCCGGUUCCUGAUGUGGAGGUGAGAAAGGACAGGACGCCGGGCUCGGAUUACAUUCAUCCCUUGAUGUGCUGAUGUCACGAGUUGCGUGUGUGUGCAGCCUUCUGGAUGGGCGUCCAUGUUCAGUGCUCGUGUGGCGUCUGCUGAGGAACUACGAAAGCAGGUAGACGAGGGGCAGUCGACACGUCGCCACGUCAUCCACUCCCGCCCUCCUGUCUGUGAAUCUGCCUGCAGCUUCAGGAGGAGCGCGAGAGGCACGCAAAGGCGGAAGAGGACAUGGCAAAGGACAUGUAGGGAGGGAGGGAGGGAGGGGAGAUGAAUCACGAGAAUGCCUGCACGGCACCUUCCUGCGUUCCAUCUCAGGAAGGCGGCGCUCGAGGAAAUGAAUGCAGAGGUACUUACAUGACAUGAGGGGACAGGCACCGGUAGGUACAUCAGAGACCUGCUCCCGUCUGCCUUCAGCACGACCAGGAGAUCCAGACCAGAAGCCAACCUGCUGAGGAACUACGAAAGCAGGUAGUCGAGGGGCAGUCAAGGCGGUACACACACACGUCGCCACGUCAUCCACUCCCGUCUUCCUGUCUGUGAAUCUGCUUGCAGCUUCAGGAGGAGCGCGAGAGGCUGACAGACAUUUAGGGAGGGAGGGAGAGGGAGGGGGGGAGGGAGGGAGAGGGAGGGAGGGGAGAUGAAUCACGAGAAUGCCUGCACGGCACCUUGUUGCGUUCCCAUUUCAGGGAGGCGUUGCUCAUUAAGAAGGACACAGAGGUAGGUACUUACAUGAGGGGACAGGCACCGUUACAUCAUAGACCUGUCCCCUUCCUGUCUGCCUUCAGCACAACCAGAAGAUCCAGACCAUGAGCCAGAAAGCAGACGCCGAAGCUGCGGAAAAAGCGGAGCUGUAGUAAGAGAGAAAGAAUGACUGCAGCAGAUCUUUAUCAGUCAUCGUCUGCUCCUUCUCAGACACAAGACGGUCUCGUCCCUCGAGCAGCGUGUGACUGACCAGACAGACGAUUUCCUCCCUCGAGCAGCGUGUGACUGA